UAAUGAGUGACGGUUCAUCCGGUGCGGAAGUUAGUUUUGUUUUGGCUUGCAAGAAGGUGGAUGUAACUACUCCAAGCUAUCCAACGCGUCCAAAUAGAAGGUUUAUAGUGAGCACAGCGGCUAGAUGAGGAUUGCAUCCGUCAGUGUGCAGUGAGUCAAAGCGGAAAUGUCAAACAUUAAAGAGUACGUCGAUAAACUGGCUCGUGUUUAUGAGCGAUACACCGAGUACGUGAAGAGGAACCCGGGCGCCACAGCCCAGCUGGAGAGCACGGUGCGGACCCUCUCCUACCUGAUCGCAGGGCGAUUUGCAGAUUCUCAUGAAAUAUCGGAGCUAGUGUACUCCGCCUCCAAUCUCCUGGUGCUCUUCAACGACAGCAUUCUGCGCAAAGGGCGGAGAUGUGCCUUCCCCGUGUCCCUCUCUCAGCAGAGACUCCUCAACUGGCUGUCUGUGUUGGAGCACGUGGAGGUUUUCCUGGAGAUGGGGGCCUGCAAGCUGUGGGGGGACGUCGGCCGCUGGCUGGUGAUUGGACUCAUUCAGAUUUUUAAGGCAGUUUUUCGCCUCAUCCUUCUUCUGUGGUACAAAUCCGGCAUCCAGACUUCACCUCCCAUAAUCCCCCUCGACAGAAGUGCAGAAUUUGUCGGUGAAGAUGGCGUCAACGGGGAGCAGCAAGAUGACGCCUGCUUUGUGGGUCAGAGGUCGGGACGAGUUAUUAGACCACUAGGCAGCGCGCCCGGCCUGCAGGCCCGGCUGUGGGGGGCGCCCGGUCAGAGGAAGAGGACGAGCAGCUCAAGUGAUGAGAAGCUCCACAGCAAACCAACGCCGCUGGGGCUCCAGGAGACCCUCGCUGAGUCCGUGUACAUCGGACGGCCGCUUGUGCACUUACUCUGCCUCGGACUCUGUGGAAAACAGGCGUGGACGCCGUGGCUCGUCUCUGGAGUCCUCGAGCUCUCCAGUUUCACGGUGCUCAGUGGCAGGAAAUUCCAAAAUCGCUGGGAGCAGGCCGAGAUGAGGAGGAGAACCUUUCUUCUGCUGUACUACGUUCUGCGUUCACCCUUCUACGACAAAUACUCCGAGGAAAAGAUUCUCUUCCUGCUCCGACUGCUGGCCGAUCACGUCCCGGGAAUCGGCCUCGUUGCACGCCCUCUGAUGGAUUACCUCCCCACCUGGCAGAAGAUCUACUUCUACAACUGGGGAUAAAGUCGGCUGGAUGAGGUCUGCUGGAUGUCUCACAUCUCGGACGUUUGCAAGUCCAAAAAAGGGUCAACGCUGAGAAAGGGACGGUCGGACCCAGGGACGGAGACGCUUGCUAGAAUUCCCCAAGAAUCAGAUAAAAAUGACGUGGAGAUGAUUACCACUUGGAUCUGACAGCGAGGACCUUCCUCUUGA